AUGGUUUUCGAGUCUCUUAUUUCCAUGUGGGAAACAGUCCAGUCUGGACAUGCAGGUCCUGAAUUACUUUUGGAUCCUCAACUAAAACUGUGGGCACUAAUACCGAUUUCGAUUGUUAUGAUAUUGGUCGACAUUGCCAAGCAAUGUGUCAUGGUAUUAGUCUCACCCAGCACAACUAGCGUUCCAUUGGUUAGACUCACCGAAAUCAUGCAUAUCACAAAGGCUAAUGCAAUCAUGGGUAACGGUAGUAAUCUCAGUUCUGAAUCUUUUAAGGUAAGACAAGAAUACCUCGCAAACGUCCUCUCAGAAGGCAAAUAUCUGGCUGUAAAACCUAACGAAGGCGAGAAUAAAAUAGAAAAUCCAUUUACUAGUGCAGGUUUGAGCGAAUCUAUGACCACAAUGGCUAUGGGAAACUUGGUUAAUUACAUUCCACAGACGGUUAUUAUGUGGUGGGUGAACUACUUUUUUGCAGGCUUCGUACUAAUGAAGCUUCCAUUUCCCCUCACUAUUAGGUUCAAGCAGAUGCUCCAGAGCUCCGUGCAAACCAACGACUUGGAUGUUCGCUGGGUCAGCAGUAUGUCGUGGUAUAUUAUUUCCAUGGGUGGGUUGACUCCAGUCUAUAAUGUAUUAUUUGGCGGUGAUGACCUCAGCAAAGUGGACGUCUCUCCAUUACAGGCACAAUUAUCUCAACCUCAGGUCGGAAUGCCAUCCCCUGCUGACCAAAUGAAGGCAUUAGCGAACGAUAUCACAGUUUUCCAGCAUAUUUCUGUUCUUGAUGAAGUCGAGGAAAGAGUUCUAAAGCUAUAUUCAUAG